UGUCAUUGCUGGAAUUGUGUGCGCAGGUCGUGGGGCGGGCGUGCGACGUGGAAGAGAUCCUGUCAUGGAUCCAAUUCCUUCCCAAGUUUGCGUCCAGAAGUGUAUGGCGUCACAUGAGUCCAGCGCGCUUGAGGGAACUCGAGAUUCUUGUGCUAGAGUUGGCGCCUGACGUUGCCGUCCUCGACGAGUUCGAGCGGCAAUGGGAAGUGUGGACGGAGGCUGAUGCAAGCGUUGUGUUUGACGGAUACGAGUCGAGCCGGUAUUUUGGGCACGACAGCAACUUUAUCCAUAGCUCGAGUUUGGUGGUGCCACGGUCCUUUCGCUCGUUGUACUGGGAAAGGGUGUUCCGUGUCAUGUUGGCGACGACCGAGGCGCCGCUGACCAUCCCCCUCCAUCUCUUCCAGAAUGUAGUAUAUGAAGUGAAGCUCCGUGGCAAUGAACUCACGAAAUCGAAUGUCGAACGCAUCUUGACCUGGACGACACUACAUCGCAUCGAACUCCACCACGUCCACGAGCAAGCGUCGUCCCAAGAGAUCUCGACCUCCUUUUGGACGCACCUCAGCACUCUCGUGCAGCGCGCCGCAAGUCUCCGUGAGAUUGGCAUUCUUCACAGCACGCUCUCGUGCGCCCGACCCCUCAUCACCGCCCUACGCGGCCGCGACCUUGCCCCCAUCACAAUACUCGAGUUUGUGUCUGUCACGCUGCGUCAGUCGGCGUAUGCAGAUCUCGUGGCCUUUGUCAGCUCUACCCUCGCGACUGGUCUCCGACUUUCCAACUCGAUUCCAGACGACAUGGACGCGAGAAGUCUCCUCGUACCAGCGCUCCGGAACCUUGACACUGUUCUCAUCGAACACGCUGACUUUGACGACGUCGUGCUUCCAACCGCAUCGGAGCUAGUCACAUCACGCACAACGCGCCUCUCCCUUGGCAGCAACGGCAUCUCCGACGUGUCCUUCCUGGCGCGGUGUGUGCACUUGGUCGAACUGGACGUUUCCCACAACGACCUCCAGGACGGAGGCAUCUCUUCAUUCGCAACGACAUGCCUUCCCCACAUGCCGGCCCUCAUCAAGCUAUUCGUAGUCGAUUGCAACUUUUCAUCGACGGGGGCCACAACUCUGUUGAAUGCGAUCGCGUCCGGCCCCAUGACGUUGCGCGUGCUGAAUGCCGGUCGAAAUUUCCUCGAGGCAGCGAUUCAAGAGAGUGUCUUGGCGCCGUUCUUGAUUGGUUGCCCGUCCCUCGAGUGUCUCCAUCUCAACUACAUUGGCCUCGGCAGUGUCAUAUCUCCGGCAUUCUGCGCUGCGCUUGCACAGCACCCACGUCUGGCCCAGCUCUCUCUCGGAGAGAACCGUCUUCGCGACGAAGGGGCUGCGGCGAUCUUUGCUGCGAUGCCAUUUCCCAUGCAGGCGGUGGACCUGAGUGGCAACCUCAUCACUCGUCGGGGACUCGACUCCAUUGCGAACCACGUGACGUCCUGGCUGUCUUCGAGUUGCAGCCCUCCCACUCGCCGCCGACGCCUCAUGAACGGUUCCGUGGCGUCGUCCCAACGACUGUGCUGGGUCGAAGAACUCAACCUUCGCAGCAAUCGAUUUGACGCAAUCGAUCUCCACAGCACCCUCGCAUCCCUCCAAGAUGCCCUCCCAAUUGUGUACGCGAACGAGUGGCGACACAAUGCCGUCGCUGCGUACGACGAUCAGAGAGUAUAAUCUUGAAAGGCAUGGCUGCCCAUUCUCGUUGACGUGAAUUUCAUCCCUGU